AUGAGCAAGUCAGAACCCGCGGUUUACCACGCUGUCAUUGCUUUUAGUGCCGUUCACCAAGACUUAGAGACCUACGGCAUGCCUUUACCUGGACAAGAUCUGCGAAAUGAAUGGCAUCUGUUUGCGCUUGAGCAAUGCGGUCGAUCCUUCGCUUUACUGAGUCGGCGUCAAUCGUCGCAGGAUCCGCGAUUUCGGGAGGUCAUGCUUUUGUGUUGUCUGUUGUUUGUUAUGACACAGCUGCUGCGCGGCCAGUAUGAUGACGCUUUUCUGCACCUUCGGAGUGGCCUCAGAAUUCUGAAUGAGGCGAAGGCUUCGAGUUCUUCUGAGACGCCCAUCGAGCCAUGCAUAGUCGCUGCCUUUGCCAACCUCGAAGCGCAGUCGCUACAGUACGGAGUCCGCGGGGAACCCACCAAUAGCGAAAGCGCUUAUCCAGGAAUUUUCAAUGACUUCGGAGCGUUCAGCAGUCUUAACGAGACACGUCAAGCUUUUGACUAUUUGACGAGCACUGCGUUUCGUUUUAUAUUGCUGUGCAAAGACCUGUCAGAAAAUGAGAUACGCUCAGACUAUGCUUUUCUCCAUCACAAGCAAUUGCAGACUUUAUCUCAGCUCAGCAUAUUCAGCCACCGGUUUGACCCAUUCCACUCCUCCAGCAACCUAACGUUAGAGGAGCGAAGAGCCGCAGAUGUCUUGCGUAUGCUCUACUGUAGCCUCGUUCUCCAAGUCAAAACCGCUCUCGUCCGGAAUGAGGCUGUCCUGGAGUACUACAAUCCGGAGUACGAGACCCAUGUAACCAUGGUCGGGGAGCUCUUGAAUAAAUACCCGGCACGCCCGAGUGUAGUCCUGGAAGAUGGCAUUCUUUCCCCGUUAUACUAUGCGGCCAUGUGGUGCCGCGACUAUAGUGUUCGACGUCGUGCGAUUGGCCUCCUCCUAUCUUGGCCGCACCGCGAGGGUGCGUUCGAUUCCAACUGGGCUGCUUUCCAGGCCCUACAGCGGAUGAAUGUUGAACUCUCAAUCGAACCCCAGCCUUACGCCACAGCAUAUAACACUAGCCAAAAGUCUAGUCUAAAUGGAGACAGGUGGUUAGGUAUCAAGUGUAGUGAACUUUCGUUUGAGGCUGCGCUGAGCUUUGCAAGAUAUAUGCACAAUCGGCCCUGUUUCCGGGCUGUCAGGAAAUGGUUGCCAGCGGUACUGUUUGAUUCACAGUACACUAGUAUGAGCGAAGCUAGUUAG